AGAGGUUCGAAACAAAAAAAAAACGCGCAGUCGGGAAUCAUGUCUUCUGGUGGGAUCGACACUAAUUGCAUGACGCUGACGAGAUACACGUUGGCAGAACAGACCAAGGUGCCUGGGGCAACUGGGGAUCUCACCCAGCUUCUGGUCUCCAUUCAGACUGCCGUCAAGGCCAUCAGUUCCGCUGUCAGGAAGGCUGGUAUUUCACAACUGUUUGGAGUAGCUGGAGACAUCAAUGUACAAGGGGAAGAAGUGAAGAAGCUGGAUGUUUUGUCCAAUGAGCUCUUCAUCAACUUGCUGAGAUCAUCGUACACAACGUGUCUCUUGGUGUCAGAAGAAAAUGAGACUGUGAUUGAAGUUGAGACUGAGAGACAAGGAAAGUACAUUGUCAUGUUCGACCCACUGGAUGGUUCUUCCAACAUCGACUGUCUUGUCUCCAUUGGGUCCAUUUUUGGAAUCUGGAGGAGGUCCCCAGAUGCUGAAGGGCCACCUGUUGUCCAGGAAGCUCUGCAACCCGGGAGGCAGAUGGUGGCUGCAGGUUAUGCC